AUGAGAAAUCACACAGCAAUAACAACAUUCAUCUUGUUGGGACUUACAGAGGACCCACAGCUGCAAGUUCUUUUUUUUAUCUUCUUAUUCCUCACCUAUGUGCUGAGCAUUACUGGAAAUCUGACCAUUAUCAUUCUGACAUUCAUGGAUUCUCAUCUUAAAACACCCAUGUAUUUUUUUCUUCGAAACUUCUCCUUCUUAGAAAUCUCAUUCACAACAGUGUGUAUUCCCAGAUUCCUGUACAUUCCUGUACAUAUACCAACUGGAGACAAAACCAUUACUUAUAAUGCUUGUGCCAGUCAAAUAUUUUUUAUUGGGCUUUUUGGGGCCACAGAGUUUUUUCUCCUGGCAGCCAUGUCCUAUGACCGCUAUGUGGCCAUCUGCAAACCCCUUCAUUACAUGACCAUCAUGAGCACCAGAGUCUGUACCAUCCUUGUCCUCUGCUGCUGGAUCUCAGGGCUGAUGAUCAUCAUUACACCCCUUGGUAUGGGCCUCCGGCUGGAGUUCUGUGACUCCAAUGCCAUUGGUCAUUUUGGCUGUGACGCAUCUCCUCUUUUUAAGAAUUCAUGCUCAGAUACUUGGUUUAUAGAACAGAUGGUUAUAAUCUGUGCAGUACUGACGUUCAUUAUUACACUGACAGGUGUCAUUCUUUCCUAUGCGUAUAUCACCAGGACAAUUCUAAGAUUCCCUUCUACUUCUCAAAGAAGGAAAGCUUUCUCUACUUGUUCUCCUCACAUGAUUGUUGUUUCCAUCACAUAUGGCAGCUGUAUUUUCAUCUAUCUCAAGCCUUCAGCCAAAGAAGAAGUGGACAUCAAUAAAGGGGUAUCAGUCCUCACUACGUCUGUUGCCCCUUUGUUGAACCCUUUCAUUUAUACUUUGAGGAACAAGCAAGUGAAACAAGCUUUCAGUGGCACAAUCAAAAAAAUUGCACUUAUCUUACACAAGUAA